AUGGGCAUAUUCUCUGGCGUGUCCUACCUUUUCUUCGAUGCUGGGAUCAUAUCUUGGGAUUUCCUCUUGACACUCGCCAACCUCGUGAGGAGGAAGCGUCGCAUCGGCCAUGUCACCCCCGCGGGCCACCCAGGCUAUGGAGGGCACUGGCCCGAGUAUAGGCCUCCCAUGGAGACCGACUCCCGCUGCUCGUGCCCCGCACUCAAUGCGAUGGCCAACCAUGGCAUCAUCUCACGUAGCGGACGUGGGAUCUCGUUUGUCGAGCUUAAGUACCACAUCCGGGCAACCUACAACUUCAGUUCUACCUUCUGCUCAUAUAUGCCGCACUUUGCCUCUCGCAUUCUUAAGAGAAGCUACAGCGAGGAUACAUUUGAUUUGGAAGAACUUGACCAACACAAUGCUAUUGAACAUGACGCAUCUCUCUUACGCCUCGACUCCGCUUUGGAACCGAACCAAUCGAAAAAGCACGUACCUUUCAUCGAGGAGCUCCUUGCAGCGGCUACUGGGAAGGACAAGAACGGCAAUCGUGUUAUCACCACCAAAGGUCUCUCCAGGAUAGUUGGCAAGCGUCGUGCAGUAGCCCGUGCAGUGAACAAGGAGUUCUCUCUCAGUUUUUUCCACAAGAUCUUUUCGAGCACGAAGGCCUCGACCCUAGUCACAAUCUUUGGAGGCCGCGUGGAUCACCUCCACAGCUUUCUUCUCGAGGAGCGACUUCCAGAGGGUUGGGAGUCGCGCAUCCGCGACCCUCAUGGAAUGACUCUGUUGACCUUCAACAAGACUAUACUGGCAGUUGAGUUUGGUGUGCGCGAAAUGGAUUGGGCAGAAGCUGCACGAGAUGCUGCAGAGCAUGGAACUGCUUCUGCUCAAGUCUGA